AUGGAUGUCAACGUGCAAAUGCCAUUGGCUCGCCCAGGCAGCCAAGACGAGGGACAGUUCGACCGCGAGUUGUUCUCGAACAACAGCAUCACAUGGAAGGAAAAGUAUGAAGAGACAAAGGAGUUGCUCAGGAGCUACAAUUUGUUUUCAGACCACUUGAUUAACUACAGCGUGGAUUUCUACUUCAACAAAUUGGGUUUUAACAAACUCCAUUUCGAAGAAACCAGUCCACACCUGAUCAGCAAAGUUGUAGUGUGUAUCAUAACGGCCAAGAUCAAUGAGCAGUACUCCAGCGACAAGUAUUUUCCAACCUUUGAAGAAAAACAUGACAAUGUAAUAUUUAUAAUAACAAGGGUGUUUGCAGAUGAUAAUAAGACAAGGUUGAAUUACAAAAUGGAAAAGAAGAUUGAAGAAAAAUAUUUCCACUUCAGUGAUAUGUCUAAAGACUGUUACAGAAUGAAGAGCUUCCGAUCUGUUCACUCCGUAUUUGAUAAAGAACACACCUACGAAGAACCACUCCGCACGUACAUCUUAGAACUCCCAACAUACAGUGAUGACAUUAUAAGUGAGAAUGAAACUGAUUUGCAAAAGCUCAUGGAUGUUAAUUAUUAUAGUUACAUUAAAGGGACCCAGAAGGAGAAAAUAUAUUACGAGUUGAACAAGAGAGUUCUGUACGACUUGACUGGUCAGUUCAUUCAGACGUAUUACUAUGCCACCUCAGUGAACACCUUCUCAUUAACCAUUGCUGUCAAAAGGAGUAAUGUGAUAUCUUCCAUUUUUUCUCUUAUUGGUGAUUGCUUGAAUAUGCACAGAUGUUUCUCCUACUCCAAGUAUGUAGAGCCGCUGAAAAAUGGAGUGCUCUUAAUCAUUCUAAACGUUAGUGUAGUUGUUAAUUCAGAGGAGCAAAGGAAAAAAGCCGCGGAAAACGCACAACAAAUGCUACAAAUCUUGGAAGGAAAAAUUCAUAAAGUUGUAAAAUCCCUAAAGACCUUGUGUUUGUUUAACGACUCGAAGUUUAUUCAGCUAUCUGUUAAACGUAUAUUCACUGCAGAUGAGUCGGCGUAUAUUUUCUUAAUCAUUAAGUUUAUUACCUUCUUCUCAACCAACUCCUUUUCGAGUUACAAAAAUGUGGAGCAUGCCCUACACCUAAGAAAUAACACUGAUGGAAGUGGUAGCAAUGCCAUUAUGAAUGACUUUUAUAUCAUUAAGGAAAAGCUAAAGAGUUCCAAGUACACGAAAGAAGAAAUUCUGAGUUGUGCCCUUAGUAACGUUAAGACGAUUAAACUCCUGUUUGCUAAUUUUGAAAGGAAAAUGAAUUUUCAAGGAGUGGCAGCAGGAGCUGCGACUGCUUCCACAACUUCAUGCAACUCCACAUAUGACUCCGCUUCGUACAAACCAACCAAAGACAUCAUAGACGAAAUUGAAGACAACCAACACAAAAAAAUUUUGCAGUACUUUCACCUGUUUGAAAAACAUGCAGUAAAGACAAACUUUUUUCGUAUGAACAAAAUUAGUUUCGCGGUAUCCUUCGAUGGUGCAUUACUCAAAGAUUCUAUAUACGACGCAGAGCCAUAUUCCGUCAUCAUGAUUUGUGGACUACACUUUGUUGGCUUUCACAUCAGGUUCACCAGAAUUUCCAGAGGAGGAAUCAGAAUAGUUAUUUCUAACAACAUGAACGCGUACAUGCACAACUACAAUAACCUGUUUGAUGAAGCAUAUAAUCUGGCCUACACACAAAAUUUUAAAAAUAAAGAUAUCCCAGAGGGGGGAAGCAAAGGAAUUCUUCUGCUAGAUCCAGAUGUAUGUAAUGUUGCUAAUACAAAGUAUAUAAAGAAUUUGUGCUUUUACUCUUAUGUGAAUUCCAUUCUAGAUUUGUUGACUGAUGGCAUGGGUGACGACAAUCAUGGGUUUGGAAGAACAAGGGAUGGAGAUCUCCUUGGCAUUUCCCUAAACUCCAGCAUGGAUAGGAACUGCAACAGCAAUAACAACACAGCCACCUUGUUGGGAGAUGUGACCACAGAUGUUUCGACUCCAAACAAACCCUUUACCUACGCCAACGGUACGGCAGAACAAGCGGUGCAGAAAAUCAUGUGUGGAAAGAAAUGUGAAGAUGGCCAAGUGAUGGAAAAAAACACCACAGUAGAAGAACAUGAAGACCUGAUCUUCCUGGGACCAGAUGAAAACACAGGUUCUGAUCAACUCAUGGACUGGGCAUGUAUAAUAGCAAAGAAAAGGGGAUACAAAUUUUGGAAAACCUUCUCCACAGGAAAACUAAGAAAAAAUGGAGGAGUCCCUCAUGACUACUAUGGUAUGACAACCCUCGGAAUAGAAACCUAUAUUAAAAAAUUAUGUGAAAAAUUAAACCUGAAAGAAGAAACCAUAAGCAGAUCUAUCGUUGGAGGUCCGGAUGGUGACCUUGGAAGUAAUGCCAUUUUGCAAUCCAAGACAAAAAUUACCUCCAUCAUUGACGGCUCAGGGGUUCUAUAUGACAAAAAUGGGUUGAAUAAAGAGGAACUCAUUCGACUAGCCAAAAGAAGAAAUGCUCCAGGGAAAAAGCUAGCCACCUCAUGCAUCUUGUACAAUGAACAAUAUCUUUCCAAAGAUGGGUUCAAAAUAUCUAUUGAAGAUCACAAUGUAGAUGUGUUAGGAAAAAUUAUUAAAAGUGGACUAGAAUACAGAAACAACUUCGUUCUCAACCCACUCAAUGCAUGUGACUUGUUCAAUCCAUGUGGAGGUAGACCCCACUCCAUUAACGUCUUUAAUGUAAAUAGCAUUAUUAUUAAUGAAAGGUGUAUAUACAAAUAUAUUGUUGAAGGAGCAAAUGUGUUCAUCUCAGAUGAUGCGAGAAAAAUUUUAGAAGCCAAAAAUGUAAUUCUCUUCAAAGAUGCAUCUACUAACAAAGGAGGAGUCAUUUCAAGUAGUCUGGAGGUCUUAGCAGGACUUGUCCUCUCCGACCAACAGUUUAUUCAAAUGAUGUGUUCUCCCGACAGUGAUAUUUUGCUUGUGGACGAAAAUGAACUUACCUUUAUGAACCUGAAUCAGAAAAACAACCAUUCACUUUCCUUCACGCGCUCCAUGUUGAUGGGAAGAAAGACGCAACAGAAUGACCAGAUGGAGACGCAAAAGGAGGAGGCCCUAACAAACAACCUAGAAGACAACGUCUCCCCCUUCUACAAACAGUAUGUCAAGGAAAUUCAAAAGAAGAUCGUACACUACUGUGAGCUCGAGUUCGAAUCUUUGUGGAGUGAGUCUAGACGAACCAAGACACCCAUCUCACAAGCUACAAAUAUCCUCUCCAAUAAAAUCAGCGAACUGAAAAAAGACAUCCUCUCCUCGGACACCCUCUGCACCGACCGCAAGCUCAUGAAGAAAGUCUUGAAGGAUGUUAUUCCAGAUAUUCUACUUGAGAAGGUUACCUUUGAUCAAAUUUUCGAAAGGGUACCAUACAUCUACCUCCGCUCCCUCUUUGCAGCCGCGCUCGCAUCCAACUACUACUACUCGCAGCAGUUCCUUAGCGACCUCUCCGUGUUUAACUUCUUCGAGUACAUUCGUCGCCUCCAGAGUGAUGAGUAG